AUGACAUAUGCAUCUUUGGAGGUAUCUGUAAUGCAAUACUUUAUGGAGUUACAUAUAAAUCACAAAGUGCCAAUGUUGCUUGUGGGUCCUGCAGGGACUGGUAAAAGUUUUCUCUAUCAGAAUAUGCUGCUAUUUAAAUUGCCCAAGGAUGACUAUGCUGUGGACUUCAUAACAUUAUCUUCCAAGAUAACGGCAAAUGAACUUCAGUCCAUAGUAGUUUCAAAAAUGGUGAAGGAAACAAAAGGCAAAUUCAGUGCACCAGAUAAUAAAAGGAUGGUCAUUUUAAUAGACAACAUGAAUAUUGUAGAUCCUGAACCACUUGGUGCACAGCCUCCUCUGGAACUUUUGAGAUAUUUCCUGGAGAAUGAAUUCUGGUAUGACUAUGAAGAUUCAAGCAAAAUUACUUUAAAUGAUGUUAUGUUUGUAGCUGCACAACAAAAUGAUGGAGCCAACAAACACAAGAUAUCUUCUCGUGUGCUACAUCAUUUCAAUGUACUUUCAAUUAACACUUUUAAUGAAAACACACUGUCCAGAAUAUUUUCAAAUAUUCUUCUCAUUGCUCUCAAGCAAAAUGGUUUUACACAAGAAGUGUGGCCUACUGUGCAGAACAUGAUUGCAGCUACCAUUGAUAUAUGGCAAACAGCAAAAUCGUGUCUCUUUGCUACUCCCAAAACACCUCAAUACAUAUUUGAUAUGAUGGACAUCUCAAAAGUCAUGUAUGGUUGUUCUAUGGUAAAAAGGCCUCCUACAGCUGAAAGGAACACAUUUUAUGGAAAGUGAGUGAUUAGAGAGAUGUGCAUUGUCAAAUUGGCUUCUUAAUAGAGGGUCAAAAUGGUGAGACCUCCUGAUUAAAUUGCUGAUGGUUACACUAUGCCACAGAACAUGUAUAACCUCCAACAGGCAUGACAGUUAAACACCUUUUGACACACACAGCCCAUCUCCAAAGUGCAGUUGAUGUAUAUGCUACGUGUAAAGCUUUUAUUGGAAGAGCGCACCAAAUUUGCUAAUAAGAAGAAAUCUCAAGGUUUGGCAUGGGUCUGUCUUCUGUUUGAGGAAUAUGACUAAAAGUGCUAAGUGUCUUAAAUAAGUUCUACUCACUUAUUUAAUCCCUGUUGGAAGUGAUGACAGGGAAUUAUUAGCUGUUCCUUCAGCUGAUCCAUACAGUCAGUUACUGUAUAUUACUCAUUUCAGAUCAUUCAUAUUAACUUUGCCAUGUUUUUAUGAUAUUUUCAGUUUUUACUAAAUUAUUUUUAUGUUCUGUUGUUUUCACAUCUAAUUUACUAAGUGAUUUAUUUCAUAUAACCUCUUAGAUAUUAAUAUACUAUAAUAAUUAUUAAUUAUUAUUAUAUUAAUGAAAACAUCAGGGCAUAGUUCAGUAACGUUUUCUUAUACUGCAUGUUUGUUUGAAUUGUAAGUCUUGGUAUACUAUAUUAGAAGGAAAAUAAAAUGGAUAUAAUUGAUGCUUAACUCAGCUGCGGAAUGAAUACAUGAAAACUCAUAUUCUAUUGCACAGGGCAAUAUCUUCUUUGCAGAACAGUAAACUAUAUAAUGACACAUGUCUUCUAUAGUUUGAAGUUACUGAACAAGGGCCUAAGUAUCUGAAGAUAUUGCCAAGGUAAAGGUAAAAUAAGAGAUAGAGCUGUCAGGUUGCUUGUUAUUUGAGAUACGCAUUCCACUCUGAUACAUAAGUAUCUCAUAUCACUCCAUAAAGUAAUUCUAAAACAGUUCUGUUUCAAGUAACGCAACUAUAGUACAUCAGGUUGAGUUAUCUCAUAUAGUAGAGUUAAGUUACAGCCUUCCACAAAUGGCAUCUGAUAUGUGUUUACUUUGACUAUAAGUGACUUCAAAUAAAGCAAUGAUGAUUAUGAGGUCAAGAGCUCAAAAUCAGUUUGAUCCAAAUAGUUCUGUGCACACUCAGCAAUGUGAUGCUCAUAGGUUGUAUUUAAUGACUUCACUGAUAUAAACAUUAAGCUGCUUUUCAUAGCUAAUGACAACUUAUAUACUAACAUGUAUCUACACAAAAUGCAGAGAUAUUUACCUUUCAAUUCUAAUCAUUAUAAUUACAAAAUAUUUUUUUAAAUGAAUGUGAAUGCAUAUUUCAUAUAAUAUGUUAAGUAUGAGUAGUUCCAUCCCAUCAAUUAGUCUGUAGUUACCUGAACAAUAAACUUGUAAUUUCCAUAACCAGGAAUUAUGAAUGUAAUUAAAGGCUUGUGUCUUUAAGUUCAAUAUCUUGCAUUUUAUGACAUAUGUAAUAAACUUCGUAAGUGAAAUGAAAACAAAUUUAGUGUAAUCAGUAUACUGUAUCCAUCUAGAAACAGUAGUAAAAUAUAACAGAGUAAUGCUGAAGCAAAUCAGGCUAUAGGAAUGGGACAUAAAUAAAGAUAAGAUGAAGAAAGGAUAUGAUUCUGGAAAUAAAGAUUCAAAAGUAAAUAUCAUGUGGGUGGGGCUCUUGCACAUGCCACAUACAUAACACACAAAGUUCUUGUGCUAAAUAUAAGAAAUAAGAGAAGUCCUAGAACACUACCCUGAGGUACUCUGAUUGGUACAGUCUGCACGUCAGAUCUGUACACAAUGCUUUGGUUUUUAUUGGUUGCUGAGGUAAUUUCUACUACUCAUUUUCUAUUGUGCAGAUAUGACAAGCCAUUUUAAUGCAACUCCUAGUAUACCAAUAGCUUCUAGUUUGUCUAGCAAGAUAUCACGAUCAACAUUAUUGAAUGCCUUUGAUAAGUCCAACUUUAUUCCUACUGUAAUGUUGUUUCUGUCAAGUCCUAUUACAAUGUUUUCGAU